ACAUACGCGCAAAAAAGGAAACAAAAGAAAAGAAAAUAAAAGAGAAAGGAAAUCUGUGCUUCGCCACCCUUUCCGUCUCUUCGUAUGAUGGAAAAAGGCAAAUCUACAGCUAAACUAACUUCUUCAUUGGAAAAGCUUCAGCUAAAUUCGUUUCCGAAACCCCUUCUUACAGCAUCAUACGGGUCACCUCUUGAAAAGGUCAAACGUCGAAGUCUAGUCAGCUUAUGUCUCGGAGUCCUUGGGCGACAUUUUGAGGACAUCAUUGCUGACUUAAGCGAGAUUGCUGCAAGUUUUCCACCAGAUAUAAAGAUGGCAAUGAUGGCUAUUGCAAGGAGAAGAAAAUUACUGAAUGAUGAUAUCCUGAUGAUAUUGGCUGAAAGUUCUUGGGAUAUCCUAGAUGUCUCUGGAUCUGACGUUAGUGAUCUUGGUCUGACUAGAGUAGCAGAGAUGUGUAAGAAUCUUCGAGCUGUUGACAUAAGCCAUUGUGGCAAAAUUACUGCACUGGGUGUUUCAGAGCUUGUCGGUCAUUGCCAUUCAUUGGAAAUAUUGAGAUGCGGAGGGUGUGUUAAGAGUGAUUUCACCGUACGAGCGUGUUUGAGUAUCUUCAAGCCAAAAUUGAAUGAUGUGGAAGAGGAGUCCUGGGAAGAGCUGGAUAGCAAGGACAUAGCCAAUGGUGCACAAUCACUGCAGUGGUUUGUGUGGCCAACAAUUGAUGAGCAUUCAAAAGAGAUACUGGCCUCAGAAUGCCCACGUAUUAUAGUUAAUCCAAAGCCAUCACCCCUUGGAUUUCGUGGGGCUCAUGUUCCCCAUGAAGCAUUGCCUGAACUAGCAUUGGAUGAUCCGAUUGUGAAGGACAUCGACCCCAAGACAUGGGCAUUUCAUGGUGUUGCUCCAAGGGUUGUUGCUUCGUCGGUGGCUCCAGAUUCCUCCGAAUUGCCAAUGGCUGAGAGGUUCAGGCUUGCUUUCAUGGAGAGGGAUGCACGGUUGGCACCAAAGAGGGCCAAGAACGCGAGGCAACAUCAAAGGCGGGCGGAGAGGGAGUGGGUGAUGAAAAAUACAGAUGCAAAGUCGAUUGCUUUGGCGUCACAAGCAAGCAAGUUUCUACACAACCGGAGCUGAGACAUGCAAACUCGGUGUUCGCCGAGGUAUGUUUGCUGUGACAUGUUUUUCCCCUGCAUCCUUAUUGUUCAAAAGGUGUGGAUUGUAGAAUGAAAUUGAUCAUCAAGGCCUUUUCCUUUUAUUUUAUUUUUCCCAUUUGCUUUGGCUUAUAAUGUAAUUGAGAAAGGAAAUUAAGAGUAAAAAUGAUGUCCAACCAGAUAUUUGUUCAUAGAUUGAACUACUUACCCUUAUAAUUGAAUGGGAAAGAAUGGCAGUCCACCAUCA